AGCAUCUUCACACCGCCGCCGGGGAGUCCGGAUCAGUAAAGCGAACCCACCCGAACAGGAGAGCCCCUCUCUCUCUCUCUCUCUCUCUCUCUCUGUGUCUUCCCCUCUCAGUCUCCAUCUCUCUCCAAACUCUGGAGACUUUUGCGCGUCAGCGCGGCGCAUUUUGGAUUUUGCCGAUUUGGAGUGAGAAAAGUUUGCGCGCAGCAGAAUCUUGAAACUAAAAGAAGAAGUUCCCUGAGAGUUUGUGGAGAGGGAGAAUGAGCCUGCAGGGGGACCAGCUGCCGCUCCAGUGAAAACAUGGAGUCCUGUACAGGCGGCGGCGGCGGCGGAGGAGAAGGAGGAGGAAGGUGGAGGCUCCGUCAUGUUGUCCCUGUCAUCCUGCUGUGGAUGAUUCUGCCCAGGCACGUGCUGGGCUGUACCACCACAAACUGUAACAUGGUGCUGAUGGAGGCCCAGGGGGAAUUCACAUCGCCCUGCUACCCCCUGAAAUACCCCAAUUCGCAGGCCUGUAAGUGGACCAUGCAGGCCCCCGCUGGCUUCAUCAUCCAGCUCUCCUUCCUUGACUUUGACCUGGAGGAGGCACCGGGCUGCAUCUACGACCGGGUUGUGGUGAACACAGGGAACACGGACGUUAAGUUCUGCGGCCCGACGGCCAACGGGCUGACGCUGAACUCGACCGGGAAUGUGAUGGAGCUGUCCUUUACCUCCGACUUCAGUGUGCAGAAGAGGGGGUUCAGUGUUAGCUUCCGACACGUUGCCGUGGCCCUGAGGAACCAGAAGGUCACCAUAUCCAAAGGCAAUAGCCAGACCACUGAAGUCUCCAACUCUGUUUCCAUACCAGCACUCAGUCACCUGACGCUGUGCUUUGAGUUGGAACGCAACAGCGACAAACAGAAAGAGUGGAUCUUCACCUACUACGACACAAGCAGCAACGUGGCACUGAGUUUGGGCUCUGACCAAGGCAGCAUGAAGAUGAUCGUUGAUGGGGUGGACUGCCCGAUCGACACCAUCCUCUCCUCUGGUGACUUCACUUCCACCAUGAAGCCUUUUUGCGUUCUCUGGACAUCAGCAAACGGCCGGGUGGGAGUCUACUUCAAUGGAAACUACUGGGCCAAGACCUGCCCCACCUCUAGUGGGCACACUGUGCCAGGUGGUGGACGGUUCCAGUUAGGAGGGCAGCAGAGCUUCGACGGGAACAUCUACAACCUGCGGCUGUGGGAUUACGCCAUGAUGGUGCAGCAGCUCGAGGCGUUGAGCUGUGACACGGUGGGGAACGUCAUCGACUGGGACAACAGCCACUGGACCAUCCCGUCUGCUCUGGCCCAGACCGAUGCCACGCUCAGCUGCAUCUGCUACCCUCAUUGCAUUCAUUUAACUACUGCUGCGCCAACUAGUGGUGUCUCCCUGCCCAGCAUCACACCACUCACUACCAGCUGUGACUCCCCCGGACUGGGCUGCCCAGCCCAACAGACAACCAGCAGCACGUCAGCUGUUUCAUCUGCUACCACUAACCACCCAGCUACUAACCCCACAACGCAUGAGUGGUUGUUCUAUCGGAUUUCUUUUGUGGUGGAUGACGGAAGCGUGGCGCUGGCCCAGACUGAUAUUGAGCGAGCUGUGGCGCUCUGGCUCAAUCAAACCUUUCAGAACUGGACCCAUGCAGUCUACGUAGACUCUAUCAGUGUUCAGCCUGGUUUGCAGAGCGGGGGUAACCCGUCGAGUUUCACCUGCCAGGCCCUUCUGGUUUAUUAUUACAUCACCAAUCAGAGUCUUGGCGAAACGGCUGUGUUAUCCCGGCUGUCCAGCAGCGAGGGACUCCUGGGUGCCGGCCUGCAGAUCCAACCCGCCUCCACUGUUGUCAGAUUGAUUGAAAACUGCCCGGAGGAGAAUCCGCUCCACUACCGCUGGCCCGAGAGCCGACCCACCGUCACUCAGUACCUGCCCUGCUUCCCCAACAAGGACCAGAGCACCUCCAGGACCUGUUUGAUCAACCUACAGAACUACUCUACCUACUGGUCGGCUGCAGACAUCAGUAACUGCACGGACAUCGACGACAUCCAGGUGUCCGCAGAAAAUGCAGCCGAGGUGGCGGUGCAGCUCGCCGUCAUCACCAACAACGAGCUGUCCAAUGAGGAGGUGUCCAAAGUGGUGACGAAGGUGAAGGAGCUGGUGAACGUGGCGAAGAUCAACACUACGUUAGCCUCCACCGUCGUCACCAUCAUCUCCAACGUUAUGACCAGUUCAGAGACAGCGCUCGCUGCCACAUCCGAGAAAGCUCUGAAGACGGUUGAUGAGUUGGUUCAGAAGAUCGAGUUCGAGGGUUCGUCGAUCAACAUCACCUCCAGACACCUGGCUUUGGCGAUAUCAGCCAUCAACACCACCAUGUUCAACGGGACGUCCUUCAGCGCCUUCAUGGCUCCGAACACCAGCCACCCGCAGGUUAAUUUCGAGUCGGAGAGGAUGAACCCUUUAGCUCAGGUCACCCUGCCUGCCUCUCUGCUGUACAGCAACUCCCUGAGUGAAGCCGAGAGGUCGACUCUGUCCAGGAUCAACUUCAUGUUCUUCAGCAACACAAACCUGUUCCAGAAAGAGCAGAACGGUCGCUCUUUGAACAGCUACGUGGUGGCCAGCAGUGUGGGGAACUUCUCCAUCAGUAACCUGAUGGAACCAGUGGAGAUAGAGAUCGCUCACCUCUCUGAGCAGCCCUCCCUGAAUCCAGUCUGUAUGUUUUGGGACUUCAACAUGAGCAGGGGUGCUGGAGGUUGGAACGGAGAGGGUUGCAGAGUGUCCAAAGAAUCCAGCAGCAACAAAACCAUCUGCCUCUGCGACCACCUGACCCACUUUGGCAUCCUCAUGGACAUUUCUGGAGCUUCGCCCCACAUAGAUGCGCAGAACAACAAGAUCCUGACCUUCAUCACCUACAUCGGCUGCGGCAUCUCCGCCAUCUUCUCAGCUGCCACGCUGCUCACCUACAUUGCCUUCGAAAAACUACGGCGUGACUACCCUUCCAAGAUCCUGAUGAACCUCAGCACGUCUUUGCUGUUCCUGAACAUGGUCUUCCUGUUAGACGGCUGGCUAGCCAGUCUGGAAACCGAUUGGCUGUGCCUGUCUGUUGCUGUCUUCCUGCACUACUUUCUGUUGACCUCCUUUACCUGGAUGGGGUUGGAAUCCAUCCACAUGUACAUUGCCCUGGUCAAAGUCUUCAACACCUACAUACGCCGAUACAUCCUCAAGUUCUGCAUUGUCGGAUGGGGUCUGCCGGCAGUGCUGGUCGGGAUUGUUGUUGCUAUUGAUAAAAACUCUUACGGCUUGCAGGAGUACGGCAAAGGAGAGUCAGGAGAGGGAUCCUCAGAGUUCUGCUGGAUCCAGAAUUCAGUCGUCUUCUACAUCACCUGCGUAGGUUACUUCUGUCUGGUGUUUCUGCUGAACGUGGCCAUGUUCAUCGUGGUGAUGCUGCAGAUCUGUGGCCGCAACGGCAAACGCAGCAACCGCACGCUGCGAGAGGAGGUUCUACGAAAUCUGCGGAGCGUCAUCAGCCUCACCUUCCUGCUGGGUAUGACCUGGGGCUUCGCUUUGUUCGCCUGGGGACCCGUUAACCUGGCCUUCAUGUACCUCUUCUCCAUCUUCAACUCACUGCAAGGUCUGUUCAUAUUUAUCUUCCACUGCGCCUUGAAAGAAAACGUCCAGAAGCAGUGGAGGAGGUACCUCUGCUGCGGCCGAUUCAGGCUGUCAGACAACUCAGACUGGAGUAAGACAGCCACCAACAACACAAAGAAAGUGAGCUCGGACAACCUGGGCAAGUCUCUCUCCUCCAGCUCCUUCGGCUCCAGCACCGCCAACUGGACCUCCAAAGCUAAAGCUACUCUCAACCCCUUCACCAAGAGACACAGCAACACAGAUAAAUGUUACUCCAACCAGACCAGUCCCAAGUGCGUCUCCUCAUCCCCUUCUUCCUCAGAGGUGGAGCCCAACUCCUCUUCCUCCUCCUCCAUCCUCCCCGUCAGCCAGAUGAUCGAUAAGGUGAAAGAUUACUGCUCCACACGCACCGACAACUUCUACAAGAACAUCAUCAUGUCCGACAGCUUCGCCCACAGCACCAGGUUCUAAAACUCAAUGUUCUGGGGUAGAACUUCUGGAGCAUCCCCUGUGUUGUGGAACUACCAAACUACAAAAUGUUGUGACAUCUUCCUCCUGGCAACUUCAGUGACAGAGGAGGCUUCCGUUUAAGGUUCCAAUAUGAAGGGCAGCAUUAGAACCGGCCUCGCUGUUCUAGAACUGCCCACUGUGUUAUUUAAGGCUUCUCUUUUGUUCCAGAACUACGACCCAUAACAUUCUAGAACCCUCUGCCACAAAGGAGGGUUAUAGAAUUCCAAGGGCCAUUACCAAAACCAGUCUGACAUUCUGCAUGUUGUUCCCAACUUUCUAGAUAUUUUGACGGCCUCAGCAUUUUAGAAUGCUCCGUGUUCUGGAAUUGCUCCAAGGGCAACUGCAGAAGCCCCUCCAACAUUUUAGAACAUUCCAAGCUUCUGAAACUCCCUGACCAACAUUCCGUUACCUUUUUGGCCUGACACAGGAGAAUGUGUUCUAGAACUCUCUUUUCAUCUAAAAAGCCUGGAUCCUUACUGCCAUCCUCCCUUAGCCUUGGAGCUUUGAAUCAGAAUCCCUUUUUGAAUUUUAAUGUAUUUCAUUGUGUUUCAUCAUGUACAUUGUUGGCAGACAUAGCUGUUGUACGAGCCGCGAUUUUAAUUGUAAUUUUCAUUGGACUGAUUAGCUAAAAUUCAACAUUUCUGUCAGUAUCUAGUCAUCAGAAUUCAUCAACAGCUGGUUGGUCUGUGUCACAGAAUACUAAUUAGCGGUUUUCCAGAAUACCAUUGCAACAUAUAAAGAAUGCAGCAAAAAUGCAUGAAAAGCUACAAGAUUUAAACCAGAGCCACCAUCUUAAUGCACUGUCUUUGCUUUGUAUGAAAGUAGCCUGCUAAUCAAGAAAAACCUGCCUUGUCAUGAAAAAUGUUCAAAAGGAAGCCUGUGAACUUGCUGCAACAAACUGCUAAAAACCCAGAGACCAUGUUAGGAUAAUCGUGGACAUAGACCUGCAUUGUGGUUUAAAAUCCCAGGGUCUCCUGGACAGUUAGGGGUGUCUGAGAGCUACGGAGUGGUCAGAGAACAUUGAUGCGAUUCUACUGUAUCAUAUCAAAUUACAGAAUCGGCUGACCUGGCUGCCAGACUGUGGGACUAAGAGGAAAUGAAAGGGAGCAGAGGAGGGAGGAAAGGAUAAACACAAGGUAGGAAGGUAGAGAAGAGGAGGAAAAAAAGUCCUGGUAGAAAAAAUAGUAGGCUGUUAUGUUUUGGUGUUUUUUUUUUAAUACUGUGAUGUUUGUUUAAAGUGGCCGUGUGCAUGUGUGUGGAGCCAUAUCCUAUGUAAAUAUUGAUGAUCUAUCUAUGUGCCUUAUUCUAUAGUGUUAUAAUGUGUCCAUGUGGUUGCUUUUGUUCAUGCCUUCACGGGGUCCUGGAACGGUCACCGGGACUGUACAUACAAACCAAAACAUACUCCCAACCUCCCCAUUUUCACCUCCGUGAGAAUACAAUAGAAUAGAUCAAGGUGCAUUUUGGCAUUUCGCUCAAAGAUUUUAGAUUUUCUUUUAACAUAAAAUUUGCAUUCUAUUAUAAUGUAUAUUAUCAUAAUAAAGAAAGCUUGGAAGCACAAUGACACAUAUUUUGAAUUUAUAUUGGAAAUAUCUCAACUUUGCUUAGAAAUGCCUAGACAAAUGUUCUUGACAAACAAGUGCUGGUAGAUUAAAAAAGAAUUUAGUAAUAUUUACCCGCUGGUUGACACUUUCUCCCAUUAAAAUUGAAGUUGUCUGCAUGUGGACAAUGUUGGUUUGAGGAUAAAUAAUAAAAACCAAGCUAAUGCCAGUGGCCACUGAAGCUCUGCUCCCCGUACACGUCAGCCAAAGUUUAGCAAUCAUGCAGGGUGGAAUUUAUGGCAACAGAAUCACUGUUAAAGUGAGGAGUCCUGUUUGUGUUCAAAUUAUAUAUUUUUUAUUCAGCGACUGGUAAUGGCUUUGUUUUUAUGAUGGCUAAAAUAAGUCAUUGCACGAAGAAGCUGCCAGGAUGAUAUUAUAAUCACUUUAACUGUCAGUUCAACCAAAUUACAAAAAGAUAAGAAGCUUUCCCAUGGUGUCUCCAGCCAUGAACAUAGUCUGGGUUUAAUUCAGCUGAGUUCUGAGAACGCCUGCCACCACCCAAAUACAAUGGAGAUGAACAGAAAUUCACUUGUUGUGCUUCAAUAAUAAAAACCAUCGCAUUUGAAGAACUCAUGCAGCAAAAUGUCCUUCCAGAAACAAUGUCCAGAUUACUCUGGAUACUCUACAGACCUCUUAAUGGACAUUUCACAAAUUAUUACCUAAAAAAUAGUCCCCUGGAAUCUUUUGACAGUGAGGUCUGUGGAUUAUCCAGAAAAAUCUGAACAUUGGUACUGGAAACAUUGAUGAUCUUAGAAACCACAAGUGAAAGUGGUAAGUAUUUAAAAACCUGGACUAAGGACAGAAAAAGAACCUCAAGCAGUGAGAAAACCUGUUUUUGUGAUUUGGGAGGACUUGCCCUUUAAUGAAACAGUGUAUGUGCAGUGGGGUCUAAAGCAAUGAGCCAGAACCAAGAGCCCUUUUUAUUUCAUCAUUUAUCAAAAGUCAUCCAUAUUUGUUGGUCAGAUAUAACAAAAUAUUUACUCAAAGUCAAGAUAUCGAUAUCAGGUAUUUCCCUAUUAUUCCAUCACUUUAUAAUACAGCAUUUAUAUUGGGUUUGAAUUGCGGAAAACCAUGAAAGUCAACACUUCCUGCCCUUCAAACCAGCCUGUCAACAAGUCUACAAGCGUAAUUGCGCUUAAUAUCCUCUUAAAUGAAUCCUUUCCAAUAGAUCCGAAGCCAAAAAAGAAAGUAAGAAAAUAAUGAGGUUCCUCUAUGGACUUCUGCAUGCAGCUAUCAUCUCCUCAUGUAAGCUCUCCAAUUGCAACUAUAAAGUCCAUACUUGAACUUGAAGUGUAAACAACAGUUUCUUGCAGUCAUUAGCACUGACAGUUUGGCCCACCCAGAACAUUUAGUCAUCAGCAGAGGAUGUUUGGAAAAUGUUAGUGUCACUCAUUACUGCAGUCUGACAGUUGUCUUUUAUGAACUGCAGUCGGACGUUCUGUUCAGUUGCAUUUGUAUCGUAUUUGUAUCGUUGUAUCGUACCAUAAGGAUGUUUAGUUGCUAUAAUAAUGACUCAUUGUACUGCUGUGGUCACUUUAGGGUCCUGUUUAGACUUCAUUUGGAUGGAAAAGUUGUAAAAAUUGCUUGGCCAUUUGUUGCACUGCCUCAUUAAAGUCUUUUAAUUUACCCUUG